AUGCACGCGUGGAGCCUGGAGCAAGCCCGCUCGCGGCCGCCGCAAGCUAAAGCGAUCGAGAAGCCGCCGCCGCCCGGCUCGGCUUGCAGAGGCAGACAGCCACGCCCGCCGCCGCAGGUAUACCCCGAGGGAGCUGCCGCCGCUGUCCCGGCCCGGCCUCGCCGUUACAGACGGCCCGAGCCUGCGCGCCCCGGCUCCGGCGGCAGCGCAGGCCCACAGAGCCUGCCGCUGCGUGGGGGCAGCCGCGUCUGGGGCUGGACAUGGCCAAGGAGCCUGGCUACGAUAGCGCUCACCUCCCCAGCAUGCGCGGGAGAUGGACAGAGCGAUGGGAGCUGCGUGCAGGCAGGCUCAGGUCUCCUGCUAGCCAAGAUAAAAGAGAAGCGGGUGAAAUUAAAAAGCCUUACCUCUGCCAGGUUCAAGGAUCUGCCUGUUUUUCUUGUGUGCUGCCAGGAGACCUUGUUCCCUUACAUCAAAGACAACGUGAAGGACUAUCUGCGUGCUCACUGGGAGGAGGAGGAGUGCCAGCGGGACGUCGGGCUCCUGAGGAAACAGGCUCAGGAGGACUCGAGCUUGGAUGGGGUUGUGCCAAUCCCUUUGGAGAGCGGCAGCGGGGAAGAGGAGCUGGAGCAGGUCAUCCAGGCUGUUGUAGACAACGUGCACUGGCAGAUGUCUUUGGACAGGAAGACCACGGCACUGAAGCAGCUGCAGGGCCACAUGUGGAGGGCAGCCUAUGCAACUGGACACAUUAAAGGAGAAAUCUUCGAGGACGUGGUUCCAGCCAUCCGGAAGUGGCGGGAAGCGGGGAUGAAGGUCUAUAUCUACUCCUCAGGCAGCAUUGAAGCCCAGAAGCUUCUGUUUGGAUAUUCUACAGAAGGUGAUAUCCUAGAGCUCUUUGAUGGCCACUUUGAUACCAAAAUAGGCCCCAAGGUAGAAAGUGAGAGCUACAGAAGGAUUGCUGCCAGUAUUGGGUGCACCACCACCAACAUCCUCUUCCUGACGGAUGUCCCUCGAGAAGCCAACGCAGCCGAGGAGGCAGACACUCAUGUGGCUGUGGUGAUCAGACCAGGCAACGCAGGACUGACAGAUGAUGAGAAAUCAUAUUACAGCCUCAUCUCAUCUUUCACCGAACUUUUCCUGCCUUCCUCCACUUAGGGAAAGUGGUGCAUGCACGAAAGACUGUGCUUCAUCUGAAUUGUCCUUGUGUAACAUUAGGUAACUUUGUCCAUAAUCAGAAUUGAAAACCAAACCCACAUCAUGUCUUGGACCCGUGACUAGUGCAGGCAGGUAUGGAUGGAGCAUGUGGUGUAGGGUCCCUCGUGCAGUAGGACAGAGGCCUGCAGCAGCUAUCUGGAGCUGGGAACAGCAUGAGGAGCAGCACCUGUAAGACCUGCUGUUCCUCCCCUUUCCCAGCUAGCAAUUAGCUCAGGGGGUACUUCCUUCAGACACACCCACUGAAAUCUGGGGCUGAGACGUUCCACCACCAGCUCCAUCAUUUUUAGAAACAGUCUGAAAACAAGGUGUAUGAUGUCCCCCUGUCCCAGAGGGUCCUCCAGGGACCAUUAGGGGAUAUGAGCUUCUUAAUGCAGACAAGGUUGCUGGCUAAGUCAAAACUUUUGAAGUUAGAGGAGUUAGGAUGCCCUCAGGAAAAUGCUGGAUGUGGGCUAUAAUACAGUAGGUUUGGACUGCCACAGAAAAAUCCAGCCCUUGCUGCAGGCAAGCUCUUUAGACCAGGAACAACUGAAAUCUUGGCUGUAUCCACAGCAGGUGUAGGUACCAAACAGUACAACUUGCAGAUGGAAGCUGCUUAGAGCUACACAGCCAGCCUACCACAAUGAAGUAGAAUAUAUAUAAAUAUAGCUUUAAAAAUUACAUUCUAGACCCACCUCACUGCUGCAUUGUGGUGCUGGGCUAUGGGAUCCAAAUGACUGAUCACCAAAGUCAGCUUGACUGCAUUUCUGAAGUAUCUCCUAUAGCACUAACCCAUGGAGCUCCUUCUCGGUAGCCAACAUCAGUCACCCUGUCACACGUUCGUAGCACUGGUCAGCUGUGAGCAAACCCUGACCAACAACUGCUCCUGAGAGACACAUCCUACUGCAUUUAAGGAGAAUUAAAACCCUGACCUUUUCACCCACCCUUCCUAAAUUGUGCCAAUUUCUAUCGGAGGUCAUGGGACUUUUCCUAAUGUAGUAAAUAAAAACACAACUUUGCUUUCAUGUGUUCACUCCAUCCCACUAUUUAGCUUUCCUGUCUGUCACCAGUGAUCCCAGCAUCUAAAGGCAAAUGUCUUUUUUUUGAACCUGUGAAUACUUUAUUUUCCUGCUUUUGCCCUGCCCCAUCCUUUCUUUAAGGCAGACAACCCUGUCCUGCCAAGGAAGCUGUAUUACCUCCCUGACCGUCUUACAAUUUCAGUAGAGGUGAGAGCCACAGCUAGGUUAUACCUAGUAAUAGUGGAGGCAGAGGCAGUUUGAAACCCCAGUUCCCUGCCUUCAUGCAUGAGUGUCACUUGCUCCUUAAGCAUUUCUGCGUGGCUGUGCUUGAGCCUGCCCUCACGGCCGGCCAACAUAGAAUACUAAAGCACAUGUUGCCUUCCUGAGCUCUGAUCUACAGCUGUCCCUGAUGAGGGAGGCUGCUGUGUAGAGAAGAAGGAAGAAACAGGCAUUUUGAGAGGAUACCACAUCAUGCCAGCACUGCCCUUCUAAAACUUUGAUGGUAGCAGGUAAGGCUGUGAGGCAGCUAGUCUGGAUGCCUUUGAGCUGUGUAAUGAGUCUGAUCCUAGAAAGAACCUGCACUGUUACAAUAAGUGUAUCUGCAUGGCUGAAUAGUCCCUGGCUUCCUUAAGUGUUAAUCAUGACACUGUAAAUACUCACCUUUUGUUUUGCUUUUGCCAUCAGAAAGCUAUGCAUGGGGUAGGGGACAAAAAUAAAAACUCACUUUCUCCAUAAAAGCACUUUAUUUAGUGGUCAUGUUUCAGUGUUUAUCAGUUGUCACUUAGUUGUACUGAAAUGUGUUGUUAGAAAUACUCUAAGAAAUGUACAAAGUUAUCACCAAAACCUGAAGUUCAGUUUGGAUUGCAUAUAGGAAGAGAAAAAAAAAAAAAAAAAAAAAAAAAUCACAAACAUCUUUUUUUUUCCCUUUCGUAAAAUUGCAAACUAUAAAAUGAUAAACUGAAAGUAUUAACUGAUUUUAAAAAAGUCACAGUGGACUAUUUACAGUAAAACACCCUUAAAACAAGUUGCUAUUUUGUGCUCCAUAUGCACUGAGCAUGCAUGCCCCUGUAAGAGGAUUCCCACCUGCAUCUUCUCCCAACUGUCCCCUCCUGCCCUCACCCAGGAGCUCUCCAGAGGGGCGGCUGGGGAGCCCUGAGCCUUACGCUGCUGUGCCGUUGGGCCAUCCACAUCACAUCCCUCUGGGAAAGCUUCCCACUAAUGACACAGCUACAAAGAAGGAGGCAUUCAGCAGUUCAACAACAACCCUCCGUUGGCUGGAGAUGCUCUGGGUUUGUAGCAGCUGCCUGAGAAAAAUACUGGCCCAGAGAAGAUAAAAUAGCUGGCUGAAAGCUUUCUACUUACACUAGUUUUGACAGGAGUUUUUCCUCAACUUUUUCUCCUUUCAGGAGAGGCUUCUGACCUUUACAGAAGGCCAAAUACCAUACCCUCGUGCCUUUUCCCUCUGUCAGAAAUGCCACAGCGCAGUACAAGUUCCCCUUCACCAUGCCUUUUGACACCAUUUUCAUUCCUGUUUAUUUUCCUGCAGCUCAAACAAGAUGCAGAUCUAAGCUGAGCCUGACCCAUAGAGGAGAACAGGAGCCAAGUUCAUGAGAUGCAACUCCCAUUGCUCGCCCAGCCAAUACAUCAGCCUUCCUAAAAUCAGGUUUUCAAACAGGGGGUUUCAGCUCCUGCUUUUUCUUUGAAAACAGACCUGUUUGAAACCUCUCAUCAGGCAGGACAAGCCCUUCUUGUUUUGCUGUUCCCUUCCUGUACCUCCAGCCCUUAGGCCACAUCACCUAGCCUCUGGGGCUGAACUACCUCCCCACACCUUGGAAGGCUGCUUAAACCUGUAACACACUCUGCUCAGGACAAGCCACACUGAGGGAUCUGGAGCUCAGGCCUAGUGUCAGCAUGUCUAAAGUUUAGCUUCUAAGUGCAAAAGGAACAAAACCAAACCCUAUGCCCAGAACCACCUGCAACAGUUCUGUUCUCAUUGCAGGCAAGCCCAAUGUCUCUAACACAAUCUUCCCCCUCAGUGAA